GCACUUCCGCCAAAUGAAGACUCACUCUUCCGUUCGCGCGACGUUUCAUGGUGAUGAAUGCCCAUGAAUGACAGCAAUCGUCUUUGAAAACGACAGGUCGGUGAUGGUGAUGAUGGAUGACCCUGGCAGUUCUAGUAUUCCUGGGGCAAACCCAGAAGGUCCUCUGCCAGAAGACUCAGCAACUGAGGAACAGUCAGCUGAACCUGGCGGUCUUAAUCACUCACAGAAGGAGGUCCUGGAACGGUGUCUGCACGCGCUGGCUCAUGCCAAGAAUGACAGCCACACGUUGGCCGCACUUCUGCUGAUCACCCGCGUGUGCCCGGCGAACCAGCUGGACCGCGCGACCCUGCACCACAUCUUCGAGGCCGUGGGCCUCAACCUGCCCGCCCGCCUCCUGGUGACUGCCGUGAGGGGGGACGCCAGCUCCGGCCUGCCCCCCGAGGAGCUCCUCUCUCUGGGCACGGCGCUGCUGGCCGCCCAGAGCACCGACCCGGACAUGGCCCAGCACCCGCAGAUGCUCAGCACCCUGCCCAUGCUCCUCGGCCUGGUGUCGGUUGGACCCACCUGGACACCCACCACCACCACAACCACUACCAGCCCCCAGCAGCGAACGCCCACCUCCCACGCUGAUGACCAUGGAGAAGCGGGCUCACAGUCGCUACCUACAGAACCGGAGGCCAGGUGCGACGGCGACUCUCGUCCGGCCACAUCAGCGAGCGCCUCUGACGAAUCAGGUGGUGAGGGCACGCCCCCUGAGCUGACGGCCGUGCUCGACGAGGCGACCGCGUCGGACUGCUAUCAGGUGCUGGAAGCGCUGUCUGCGGUGUCGGGCGGCCCAGAGAGGCUGUUUUCGCGCGGGGCAGUUCCGGCGCUGUGCCGGGCUCUACAGCAGAAGCAGACCCUGAGCACGAAGAGGGGGCGGCCCCUGCUGGGACUUCUGCUGUCCCGGCUCGGUCCACAGGCUUGGCAGAAGCACCCGGAACACCUGAGAGGAACGCUGGAGGAGCUGUGCCAAGAAUUCUCCCACACCAAAGACAAAGAGAAGAAACAGCCGCAGCGGAUACUGGAGCUGUGCUCAGAGCUGCCGCAGUUCCUACCCCCGCCAGAGGGGGCGUUGGAGAGCACCGAACUGAAGAGGCUGGUGGGUGAGCUGUGGACUGUCUUGAGGCCACUGGUGCAGUCCAAACUGGGCACCAAGCAGCUGGGCCCAGUGCUGGCGCUCGCCUCCUGCCUGCUGGACCUCUGUGGCUGGGACUGUGUUGGACCUCCCCGGUUCUGCUGCCUGCUGGUGAACCGGGCCUGCGUGGAGGUGCGCAUGGGCCUUGAGGAGCCGCCCGGCACCGAGCUGUCCGCAGACCUGCAGCACUGGCUCACGGCCUGCUACCGCAUCAUGGAGGCGGCCAUGGAGCAGGCCUGCAGCCAGGGCCUGGAUUACAGCAGCACUGCCCAGACGCAGGGCUCCAUCUCGGGGAUUAGCCUGCAGCAGAGCAGGCAGGUGCUGGGCGUCCUGGAGGAAGCCGUCUCCGCCGUCAUCUAUUACUUGCAGCAGGUUGACCCUAAUUGCUAUGGCGACCCCUUCGUCUUCGCCACGUUCCGCUGCCUGUGUGCCUGGCUGGCAGAGGAGACUUCCUGUCUGAAAGAGGAAGUGACAUCGCUGCUGCCUUUCCUGAUUGGCUACUGCCGGGAUCACCUGCAGAGGGGCGGUGACGUGAAGGACCUGACGGCCUGCAUGGCGGACAUGUCCAUGAGCAAGGGGUCACGGGAGGACAGAUGGACUGGAGAACACGCUCUCAGGUAUCUACUACCUGCCCUGUGCCACCUGACAGCGGAGGAGGGCCCUCGCCGGGUGCUGCUGUCACUAGACACGCUCUCUCUGAUGAUUGGCUUCCUGAAGAGCGGGUGGGAGGAGCUUCAGAAGAGGGAGGGGAAGGCCCAGAGACGAGAGCCCGCGCUGGAGACUGCCUGCUCCGCCCUACUGAACAUCGCCGUGACCGAGCCGGACAGAGUCAGGAAGGACUCGUCAUUCUCAGAGCUGCAGAAGCUUCUGUGCGACUCGCUUCCUGUUCUCCUGCACAAGCCCCGCCUACUGGUGCUCUCAGCUAAUCUCUGCACGCUUGGCCUCAUGAUGGCCAGGACAAAGACCACACCCACUGACAUCACUGACCCAGGGGAGAAGCGCUUCUUCAACGCUGCCCUCCGGUUCCUGCUGGGUGCCCUGGGUCCUGCGCAGGAUGCCCUCCCAGGAUCGGUGGCCUUCGCCUGGGCAGAGAGCUGGGACGAGGUGGGGGAGCUGUGGAGACUUAGCCUGCAGGCCCUGAGUGCAUGCCUCAGGGCUCGGCCGGGACUGACGGUGCUCGCGAGGGAACAGAGCUGGUUGGCCAACGUCCUGGCUCAGCUUGGUAACAAAGGGGCCCGAGCUGAUGCACCCACACUGGAGGCCCUGCAGGAGGCGCUGUGUGCCCUGGCUCAGACGUGUCCGACCUGCAGGGAAGAGAUCAGAGAGGAACUGGGCAAGGGGCCGGCCACUCAACUGAAGGAGAUGAGCCAGCUUAGACAGGUCUUGUCUCGGUGAACGAUGAUGCAUUGCAGCAUUUACAGACUGACAUGCAAGAUAAAAGACUCACUCCCUUGAACAGAACUGCUAAUGUGUGCCUACACAGACACACACACCCAUUCGGAUUUAAAAUGUACAUUGCUAUUUUGUCCAGUCAGUAUUUGCCCACGGAAAAUUACUUUGGUCUUUGUUAUAUAUGUUGUCUGAAAGAAUAAAUAGCACUUCUAUAUUGCU